AAUAAUUUAAUAAUAGCAACUGAAUAUUUAAUACGUUGACAGGGAAAUAAAUCAAAGGACAGGUGACGGACAUUUCAGUCAACGUUCUUAGCAUACGUUUGUGAAAAAGCAUUUCUUGGCCCGGCCUUACUAAUACUUACUUACUUAGUUACUACUUGCUUAAUUAAUAUCUGUUCAACUGUGAACCUGUUGUCGUGAAAGUGUAGUAAGUGAAGACUAAAACUAAGUCUUUAAAGAGUGUAAAGUCUAAUUUGUAAGACGGUCCGUUAAGGGCAAGGCCUUAAACCUUAAUUUUAAUAAUAAAUUAAGAGGUUAAAUAUUAAACUUAAUAAUAUAAUUAAUAGACAAUUGUUUAAUAUAUCGAAUAAAAUUUUUUAAUGAAUUAGUUUCAUCAUUAACAUUAUCAUAUUAUCAUCAUUGAUGAUUUUAUUUGAGUAAUUUUUAUUUAUAUUUUUUUUUUUAUUCAAAAUCAUUCAAUACAUAUACAGAGUAAAACUAAAAUAAAAACAAGCAAAUUUUCUGAAGUUUGAACUGAACAAAAUGUUAAAAUUAUAAUAGUGUGUACUAAAUUGAACAUUUGUGUAAAUUAUUUACUAAUUUUUUAAACAUGAUCUAAAUGAGUUUGAAUGAUAAACAAUGAAUGUAUUAUUUUUUCAUAAUAAUUUCUUAACAUAUUGUUUUGAAUUAUGUUUUUUAUUUUAAAUCUAAAAAAAAGAGUUUCUAAUGUAAUGUUUGUGUAAUUAUGUUUGUGGAAAAAAGCCUUAAGUCUGUGGUGCCAUACAUGUUUUCUGUAUUGUGAAAGUAGUAAUAGACUUAUUCUAUUUAUAAUUACAUGCGUUCAAUUUUAUAAAUAAAAAAGACGACUAGUAUUAGCAUUUUAUAAAUAUAAUAAUUGAUUUAAUUAGAUUAGGGUUGGGUAGGCUUACAUUAUUUAUAUAUCAUAAACUAUGAAUGAUGAAUGAAUUGAAUGUAUAAAUUAUAAAUAUGUAUUAACUGUAUUAGUAUUAAUAAUUAAUUAUAGUAUCGUUAUAGACAUACUGCAUUCUUACUAAUUGACUAGUAAUUUCUAGUCCUAGAAGACAAAUGAUUGAUUAAGUUCAUGAUUAAGAUUAUUUAUUGCCAAUAGCUUCCAAUUCUAGGGAGUUAUUUGUAGUAUAUUAUAAGUAAACUACCAAAGUAUUGCCCCAUCAUUUUAUUACUAGUUUGUACUAGUCUAUUUACAUCACCUUGUUGUCUCAAUAAUGUUUCCCGAAAGAAAUUGAGCUUUAAAUUUAAAUUGCUAGUUUGAUACUUUCAAAGAUUCUGGAAAUGCCAUCAAAGCUUUUAAGAUUUUAAAUCACCAAACAAACCCAAAACCUGCGUUAGUAGUUAGUUGCCCCAUCUACUGUGAUUCUCAAAUAACUAAACUAUCCAAAUUAUCGCCAAUUUUAAAUUCAAAUGCUAGACAUUAAUUCAUUACAUUAUUAUGCCCAAUUAAGUAAUCCAGUUUGUCUUUAGAUAAAAAUUGAGUUUCAAGUUUUUAUUUAUUCUGCAAACAUGUAGGCCUAAUGUUGGUUAUAAAGCAGAAUUGUCUUUCCAUUUAUGAAAUAUUAUACCCAGCUUCUUUUUUGCCAAAGAUGGGCACAUCUGAAAAAUAAAAUCCAGCUGAGGCUUAGAAAUAAUUUUAUUGUAAAAAUUUUGUGUGUGCUUAUUAUUAUGAUAACAUUAUUAAUUAAAAUAUUAGCCUAAAUAUGUAUAUUAUUGCCAUAAUAAUAGUUUUACUACAUAAAAAGUGUGAUUGCUUAUUUAAACAAAUCUUGUUACUUUAAUUAAAUGAGACAGUACAAUAACAUCAUUUGUCAUUAGGUUUAAAGAUGACAUCAGAAGCUUUAGCCAAUUUCUGUUUAACAACAUACCCCGGUAGUCAAGUGGACACAGACACACACACCCCCCUGUUAUUGAUUUUCUGUUGGGAAAUAUCCUACUGACUUAGUAUUUUUACAAAAUUGAGCACUGGUUAACAUAUAAAGGCAUGGGCAUGGAUAUUUUUGUGUGCAACUAAGUAAUUUCAUUGAGGACAUUGUUCUUCUUCUAUAUCUUAAGGGCCCACAAUCAAUUUAUUGAUCAUUUUGGCUCCUAUGUAUGUAGAUGGGAUUUGCAAUGUUUCUGUUACUGGUGGUGAUGAGGAAAUCAUGCACUAGGGGUUUGAAGGCUUGAGACAAUAGACACAAAUGUGUCUAGUGUUGUCGCUUCAACCGUUCCUUUUGAAAGAUUGUUCCAGUCCCUGAUUGUCUUGGGCAGGAAUGAGCAGCUCCUAUACUUCUUGCUGGUAUGCGCCGAUUGCCUGUCAUGGCCUCGUCGCUGUCUAUGGGGGAGAGGGACGAGUUUCUGUUUAAUACCGGAACAGUAGACCAGCCCAUUAUUUAUCUUGUACAUCAUGGAGAGCCUGGAUUGUCGUCGUUUUUUCUCCAAUGGUGACCAGCCUAGUGUUUCUAGCAUGCUGCCAACACUAGAGGUAUUCCUGUAGCGGUUUAGGACAAAGCGUGCUGCUCGUCGCUGGACCGCCUCCAACCUGUCAAUGCUCUUCUGGGUAAAUGGGUCCCAGACUGAAGAUGUAUAAUCUAAAAUCGGACGGAUAAAGGCUUUAUAUGCUCUUUCUUUCACACAGGAGUUGCCAAUCUUUAGAUUUCGCCUUAAGAACCCUCAAUGAAAACAUAAGCUACAAAACAUAAAAUAUAUACAAACAAAAAAAUCAUUGAAAUGUCCUCCUCAACACCAGGCACAGAAACAUUGCUAACCCCCCCCCCCCUCCCGCCUACAUGCACAGGAGCCAAAAUGAUCAAUAAAUUGAUUGUGGGCCCUUAAUAUAUAGAAGAAGAAGAAAAAUAAGUGUAUUAUAUUAUGUCUUGAAAGUCCGAUUUGGAGUGAAUUUAUGAGACAAAAAAUACAUUUUGAAGAGCACUACGACCAAACAGCUGUCUAAAAUGUCAACACUUUGGUGGGGUUUUUUCGGCAACAUAUUGUAUUGGAGAAAAAAGUCGGAAUUUUUUUAAGAGUGAUUUCAGUGAUGUAAUUAAAAAAAUAGUUAGUGACUUUCAAUACUUAGUCAAUAUUGGACUACUUCAAUCGAUCACUAAUUAAUAGUAUUUGAUAGUAAACUACUGAUAGCCGCCUUGAAGCUACUUGUAGUAGAAAAUAACGCUCUAGAAGUCUUUUUGCUAAUUUUUAUAUGAAGCGCAGUGAGGCUAGCCCAAUAUAAGACCACAUUAAUAAUAAUAAUAAUAAAUGGCAUAAUGAUAAUGCUGCAUAUUUAUAUAAUAUAUGUCAUAAAGUCAUAUAAUCAUAUAGUUAUAGAAAGAAAUGUUAUAAUGUUUUAUUUUUAAAGAGUUGAAUAUCUUUAUUUUGUCAGUGAUUUAAAUUAGAAAUAAAAAGUUAAUGUAGGCCCUAUGCCAAUGCCCUAUUCAAAAUGUUAUUUAUAUUUUAAUGAUUUUAAUGUUCUUCUUCAGCAAUAAAUAAUGGAACAACAAGAGAAACUUGCAUUAAUAAAGAGAAAUUUACAGGUAAAUACUUAAUUUUAUCAGAUAAGCCUCAUCUUAGGAAAGGUCCUACUGACUGAUUAGUUUAAACUAUGUUAAGUCAAGUUACUUUUUUUCAGUUAUUAUUAUUAAGUUAUUUUAUUUAUUUAUUUUUCUUGCGGUGGGUUUUCAGUUUACUUAAAAAGUAUUUCAAUUAUUCAAAAUAAGUUGAAAGUUUCGAUAACUAAUUGACUAGCCCUAAGAUGAAAAUUGACUUCAAAUGUUUGAUACACUUUCAGAGGUCUUGGACAUUUUAAUUAUAUUAUUUAUAAGUUACGGUUCUUGAUCAUUUACCCAUAUCAAUGUGUAAUCUAACCAGAUAAAGAAGGGUUGUUCAAAUAUAUACAUUUUUUUUAUAAAAUAACAAAUUUAGAAAUUGUAUUAUUAAAUUUGUAUUGAAAACGGGCUCUAAAACAAAUUUUAAUGAAUACUGUAAUAAUUUUUAGUAUUGUUUAAUUUUAAAUUUUUUAAAACAAAUUUAAUUAUUAUAGGAAGUUCUUGGUGAAGCAAAAGUUGUAGAAAUCUUAAAAACUAGAGAUUUGAAAAUAUAUUGGGGCACUGCUACAACUGGCAGACCACAUAUUGCCUAUUUUGUGCCCAUGUCCAAACUAGCUGAUUUUCUAAAAGCAGGAUGUGAGGUAGGUUAAAAUAUUCUCUUUUUUUUGUUACUGAUAUCUUAUUUAUAAUAUUGGUGCCAGAACAUAGAUGUUAUGUGACUGUGUGUAAAUUAUUUAUAUAAUAAUAUUUUCAUAAAAAUGCAGCACCAGAUUCUCUAACAUAGAAUUGUUUAUGCUGAAUUUUUUUAUUUUUUGGUCAAUGAGAAAAUGUGUUGGCAAGGGCAGAUGAGCAUCAAGUCAAAUGAAAUUGUUCAUAGUUAACAUUUAAAAUAUUUCUCCUCAGGUUACUGUUCUGUUUGCUGACCUCCAUGCUUAUUUAGAUAACAUGAAGGCACCUUGGGAACUGUUGGAGCUAAGAGUGAAAUACUAUCAAGCUGUCAUUAAAGCCAUGUUGAAAUCCAUUGGAGUUGAUCUGACUAAGCUGAAAUUUGUUAAAGGAACAGAUUUUCAGCUGACUAAGUUAGUUAGCUAUUUUUUAAUCGGUUUUAAAUAUUUUGUUUGAAAAGACAUCAGUAAUUAAUUACAUUUUUUAUGUUACACUUUUUAAAAUUCUGUAUUUAAUAAAAAGAACAAAAAAAGUGAAUCCCUUCAAAUGUAUUAUAAUGAUAUAUUUAGAUAUUAAGAUUGUAAAUAGAUUUUCCAUGAUUUCAGGGAAUACACAUUAGAUGUAUACAGAUUAAGUACUGUAGUCACUGAACAUGAUGCUCGCAAAGCUGGGGCUGAAGUUGUUAAGCAGGUUGACCAUCCUUUACUUAGUGGUCUGUUGUACCCAGGACUCCAAGCUCUGGAUGAGGAAUAUCUUAAAUGUGAUGCUCAAUUUGGUGGAGUAGAUCAGAGGAAAAUUUUUACUUAUGCUGAAAAGGUAUUUUGCUUUUAAGAGAGAUACAUAUUACUAUAAUGUAAUUGAAAAUUGCUUACUAACUCUUUCUUAACAACCCUCUUGGCCUAAUUUGUUUCAGUUUAACAGAUUAAUUCAUAUUUGAUACUUAACAUUAUCAGGAAUCUACAAUUUAUUUUAAUAAAAACUAAAUAUUAAAAGCUAUGUAUGUUUUUAGGAAAGCUUUUUUUUCUUUUUACAAAGUUUUAAAUUUUCAUUUCAGUACUUACCACAUCUAGGUUAUGAAAAAAGAGCACAUUUAAUGAACCCAAUGGGUAAGCGGUAAUCAUCCUCAAUUUUUUGGGAGAAGAUUAAUUAUAUUCUAUAUCAAAAAAUAUUAAGUCAUAUGGAAUUAAAACUAUAAAUAUUACUAAUUGGGCUUGUUGUAACAGGCUUGUUUGGAAUUGGUCCUUAGCUUAUCAGUGAUACAUGGUCAUUCAUUAACUAUUUCGGGGUCACGUAAACAUGAUUCCUUACUAUACUUAUGUAUCUAUAAUCUAUUCAAUUAGCUUUAAACAUUCAAUGGACACACAUCACUAUAAAAGUAUCAAUAUAUUUAAUAAAUACUUAACCAACUUUCAGAAUUUAACUAAUGUACUGUUGAAAAAUUUAGUUAUCCUAGCUGAUUUCUGUAUUUAAGAUUUUGUCUUUGUUUGAAAAAUAUAUGCACAUAUUUAUGAAAGAAAUAUUAACAUGCAAUAGAAAAGAUAAAAAUUAAUUUCUUUCAGUCCCAGGACUUACUGGAGGAAAAAUGAGUUCAUCAGAGGAGGAUUCUAAAAUAGACCUUUUAGAUGCCCCUGAGCUGGUAAAUAAAAAAUUGAAGAAAGCCUUCUGUGAACCUGGAAAUAUCACUGAAAAUGGUGUACUUUCGUUUUGUAAACAUGUACUUUUCCCCCUUAGAUCAAAAGGUGAAUAAAAAUGUGUAAAUUUAUAGGGCUAUUAAAAAAACAAACUAUGUGAGUAGAUUAGAAUAAGAGAAUUUCAUUUUACUGGGAUAAUUAUGAUAACAAAUGUGAGAAAAUAAAGAAGGAAAGUUGUUGGAGAGAAGGAGAUUUACAUUUAAAAUAAAUAAUUUUUUCCAGAUUUUGAAAUAAAAAGAGCGCAACAGUUUGGAGGAGAUGCAGCAUUCUCAACAUAUGAACAGCUUGAGGAAGCUUUUGCAAAAGAGGUAAAUUGUUUUUGCUGUAUAGUUGAUGAUGAUUUUAUACUUUUAUAGCGCUCGUGUCUGUUCUAUUUUAGUAUGCUCAAAAUCACUCUACAACCUAAAAUCUAUUUAAAGAAAAAAUUAUUUAAAUGUUUCUUAAAUAAUUUUUUUAACAUUCAAUUUCCCUCAAAGAUUGAGGCAAACUAUUCCAUAAUUUAGGCGCUAUAGCUUCAAAAGAGCGCACUGCGUAUGACUUCUUUCUGUGUCCAUCCACAUGGGAACUCGCAGUAAGGACUGUGUUAAAGAGCACAGGUUCUUUAAGGAUACAUGUUUAGAAAUCAGUUCUUAAAGCUUUCAGGUGUAGAGCCUUCUAUACAUCUGUUCUUUUAAAUGUUUCUUGGUGAUUGUUUUAUAAAACAUAUUUAUUUAAAUCGCUAGUGUAAAUAUAAAUUAAUAAAUGCACCAAAUUAUUCCAAUUUAUAUAGAUGAAAUAAGUGUCAUUCUUAACAUUUGAAUUUUCAGGGGUUCUGUUAUUUUAAGACUAUUGAGCAUAAUGGUGUUAUAAUUUUUUUGUAAAAUUUAAAAUAAACAAAUUUUUGUUUAAAACCAUAGGAAGUCCAUCCAGGAGAUUUAAAGAAUGCUGUGGAACUUUACAUGAAUGAACUGAUGGAACCAAUUAGACAAGAGUUCAAGUCUCCUGAGAUGGUCGAUCUCAUCGCUAGAGCUUAUCCAUCAAAGAGUGAGUGCUAAUAACAGACAGAAAGACUGAAAUCAAAAUUAAUUUUAAGUACCCAUAAACUAAAACAGCAUUAUCUUGUGGCUACCAAAAGACUCAACAAAAUGAAUUCUUGAUAAGAUAUGCUCAGUUAGGGAAUAAUGUAAUGUAAAAAAAUGGAAUAUAGAAUGUUCUGAUUUAUUUUUUUACAAAGAAAGGUGUUAAAUAGAUGGAUUUAUUUAGUUUUUCGGGGAAAGUUAGACUCUUAAUAAAUUUAUAAGGCCAACCACUAUCAUAAUGUAAACUGUUCAGAUAUGUAUAUUUAGUUGCUUUUUUUUUUUAAUUUAGAUAGUUUGCAUAAACUGCUGCUAAAUAACUGUUUUGCAAAUUACCAGCUUAGCCUUUAUUUGUCAUUGUAUAUUUUUGUAAAUUAAAUGGUCAUUAACGAUAUACAUUUAUUUUUUUUAUCAUCUAGAACAAGGUGCUGUUAAAGCCGAAGAGGUUGUUCCCUCUCGUUUAGACAUCAGGAUUGGUAAAAUCCUUUCUGUCUCCCAGGUGGGCAUAUGUUUAGUUUUUUGUUCAAGGACCAAUGAAAGUAAUAAAAUUUUAUAAUUCAGUUUUUAAUGCACAUUUUUUUUCGUCCUAGUCAGCCUUUGGGAAUCCUAGUUAAAUCAACCUCUUCAUUCUGUAGUUCAAGGGCUAAAAAAGUAACAAACUUAAAACAUUUAUUGCUAUUUAAAGGACUGAUUUUCGCUAAUGCAAAAUGAAUUGAUGUAAUAUGACAAAUAUGCAAUUUCUUUUGUCUCCAGCAUCCCGAUGCAGACUCCUUGUAUUUGGAAACUGUAGACUUCGGUGAAGCAGAACCACGCACUGUUGUCAGUGGACUUGCAGGCCUUGUACCAAUGGAGGAACUGGAGGGAAAACUUGGUGUAUUUUUGUGUAACCUCAAACCAGCUAAAAUGAGAGGUGUCCUAUCCAAGGCCAUGUUGCUCUGUGCAUCUGUGUGAGUGUUUUAUUUCAAUUAAUGUACCAUUUUGUCAGUCAUUAACAGUUAUCUGGAUAUAGUCAGCUUUAAUGUGAAAUGUACAUUAUUUUAGGCAUGUUAUCGGUAAGUUUAAGAAUAAGUGCUAUAAUGUUUAUUCAUUUCAUCUUUGAGUUAUCCUUUUUUUUUUUUAAGAUUAAAUUUGUAAAAUAUUUCUGACUUUUAGUAAAUAAAGAUGAAAAUCUUAAGUUAAUAAUUUUAAUGGUGAAUUUUCAGAGAUAACCCUAGGCAGGUUGAGCCUUUAGUACCACCUGAAGGUAGUGCUCCUGGUGAUCGUGUAUUUGUAGAAGGUUAUGAAAGUGGUGAGCCAGAAGGUGAACUCAAACCAAAGAAGAAAGUUUGGGAAACCCUUCAAGUGAGUGAAUUUUUCAUAUAAAAUGUGUGUAUAAAUAUAUAUGUUUUGUUUUUUUCGAAACUCAGAAAGUACAUAGCAAGUUUUUCUACUUGUGCAUUAAAAGAUAACAAAGAAUGUAUAGGAUGGCUUGAAAUUUUUUUUUUAAGAUCAAUCUUUAAUUUAUAAAAAUUUCUCACACACAUUCACGCAAAAACUUUUUUUAUGCUUUCAAUUAUUUUUAGCCAUCUUGUAAUUGAUUAUAAAAUUAUUUAUUUUCAGCCUGAUCUCCGUGUAAAUAGUGAACAUGAAGCAGAAUGGCAGAACAAUGCACUAUUGACAAAACUAGGAAAAAUUGUGACCAAAAAAGUUAAAAAUGCUCCCAUUAAAUAAAAUGGAACUUAGGUUAUUAAAUAUAAAAUUAUAUAUUUCUUCAUUCUUGGUUUAUUUCAAUUUUUGUGUGUCCUGAUCUUAUCAUUGUCUAUUUAUGGCUAUAGGGUAACAUUAUUUUUACAUAAUUUAAAAUAUUAUAAAACACACAGUCUAAAUGAUUCGAAUUGUUGAUAUUUUGAAGCCCAUAGUCUUAUAUACCUGUAUUUAAUUCAAAAAUGAUUUAAAUAAUUAUUUUUUUAUUUUUUUUAACAUUUAUCUGGCAAUAUUUUUUGACGAGCUAAUAUAUUGAACAAAAAUACUUUCAAAUGCCAUAGGUCAUACUUGUUUUUCAUUAUUAAGUCUUAGCAUCGUCAAGAGCUGCUUAUUAUUAAAUUAUAUUUAGUCGAAAUGCAUUAUUAGAUAAUUAACAAAGUUUUAAUAGAAGUGUCAUUAAAUGUAAACCUGUGCAGAUUUGAUUAACAUGUCAAUACUCACUUUAUCUUUUACUUUGUCAAAACUCAACAUUUUGUAUCAGUGAUCAGUAGUUUACCAUUGUGUUAAACAAGCACCACUAAUCAGUGAUCAGUAGUUUACCAUUGUGUUAAACAAGCACCACUAAUCAGUGUUUUUAGUUUAACAAGUGUUUGAAAUGUUGUCACUAAAAUAACCCAAGUACAGCUGUCCAUGUUUUCAAGUUGAAAAAACAUUGAUUUUGGUUAAGUUAUCCAAAACAUUUUACUUGGUCAAUAUCACUUGUUUCAGAUAAAAUAUUUUGUUUUAAACUAACUUGAACAUUUUUCUUGGCUAUUGAUUUCAGUUGGAAGCAUCAGAUAGUCAUUGCAUUAAUUUCAUUAUAGUAUAACCCACUUUGCUCAUUUUAAAAUGGGCUCAAUUUAGUUGAGGUAAAAUAGUUAUUAAUCAAAUUGUAUUAAAUGACAAACAAGAAUGUGACAGUUAACUGGAACAAACUGGUGCUAUUUAAUGAUAAUAAAGUAGUCCCUGUUUAACCAAUAUUGUAUUUUUAAGUAUUGGAGUACACCUCAAUGGGUAUAAAAAACAAUUCAUUAAAUUUGUUAAGAAAUGUUCUGAAAGAUGUAAAUGUCUUGCAUUAUUGUAAACUGCUGGUUCAUUGACAUUUUUGUUGACUAACAAGAGAACUCUAACAGUGGUGUCGGUUGUAAGCUGGUUAUGGUUAAAUUAUUUUUUUUUAAAUGUCUUCGUAAUCGCAAAUCUAUAAUUUCUCUGAAAUUCUUAAAAAUCACUUUAGGUAAUUUAUGAAUUUGCUUCAUUGAACAUAUUUGUAAAUAUUCAUUUUAAACAUGUUUGAGAUAUAAAUAUAUGAGGUAUUGAUUCUUUCUUCUCAGUACCUGCAUUUUUUGUCCCAAUUUUAUUUAAUUAAAAAAUGAAACAUUUCAAUUGUCAUUUUUUUAUUUAGAUAUUUGUCAAGUAAAAAUAUUUGUUGUGAUUCAUGAACAUAAAUUUUGGGGGGUCUUUCCAUACAUAAAUAAACUUUAUUUAGCUUACCCAAAAAUAAAGCAAAGUUUUUACUUGACAAGAUGGCUUCAUUAGCAUUCAUGAUUUUAAACAAUGAAAUGAAUGUCAUUAUUAAUGUUACUGAAUGCAAAAUUUUGAUUUUUUAAUCCUACAUCCAAUUAUAUUAUACCAUUAGUCACACAAUUAUAGGUGGAAGUGAUAUGAGACCAGCAUACAACAUUGCAGAGUGCUUGUUUUUUUGUUAUGGUACUUGCAACAUCAUACAGUGUUUACAUGGGUUAAUGAAGGGAGAUAUAAAUUUAUCAGUAAAGCACCACUUCUAAUCUUCAUGUUAGCUGAAAAUAACUGGCUCUUAGAUGCCUCUGAGUGGAAUAAAAACUAUGCAAGAAAGGAGUGUAUUAUUUUAUGAUAUCUUUAUUUUUAGUCCUUGGAUGAAACUAAUUUUCAAAUUAUUCAAUUCUCAAUAAAAACAAUAAACAUUUUGUGAUUCCUUUAA